UACUGUAGAGCACAGGAAACUACAUCCAAGCUCCCAGGAUAGACCAUGAUGGAAAAGAGUAUAGACUAGAAUAUGUGGCUGAGUCACUUUUUUGCACUGCAGAAAUUGGCACGACAGUGUAGAUCAACUUAGCGCUGCUUUGCUAAGCUCCAGGGCAGGUGUGGGUCAAUGCCCUUCCUAGACUUUUAUGAAUUUCUCCAAGACGCAGGCACUUGGCCCCAGGUGCUGUCUGCUCGUCAUCUGUUCUCAAAAUAACAUUUCUCGCACUGUCUCCUCUCCCUUCUGAGCAGUGGAAAUUCUAGCAAACUUAAGGCAGAAAUCAGUAUGUAUGAAAUCACUGUCACAAUGACCAACUUGGUAUUAUCACCAAAGAACAAAAAAAUCUGGAAGAUAAGGGGCGGGUGGGGGCGGGGCACAUCCACGCGUGUGUGGCUGGCGCGUCUGAGUCGUGGAGCGGCCGUCUGCGGUCUCCCGCGCAGAUGGGUUCCGUGGCCUCGUGUCCCCGGCCCUGCCAUCGGUGAUCCUGCGCCAAGGCCCGCGAGGGGUCGCCGCCGAGAUUCCCAGCAGCCCACAAGCAAGAGCAGGGCAGCCCUCCCCUCGAGCGGCUCGUUCGUGGCCACCCAUGACCACUACCGCUGCCGCCUGGGCACGACUUGCAGUAACAGCUCCUGCAGCCGUGCCCAGUGCCCCGGAGAAGCCAUCCCCCGCCCCCCGGUGAGUGCAGUUCUGCUCCCCUUUGUACCGGGGGACUGUCGGGGGAGUGGGCUGCAGCAGCCUGACCUCACUCUGCUGCUCUCAGGUCUCCCCAAAGCUGACCCAGGACACUGGUGGGCUAGCUUCUUUUUCGGGAAGCCCACGCUCCCACUCCUGGCCAUGGUGCUGGAGUCCCCGGGCCCCUCGGAAUCUGCCGGGGCCUCCCCCACAGGAUCACCUGCGACCUGGCUCAGGAAGUGGUGGGGCAGCAGCAACCUGGCAGCCAGCCGGGCACACCCAACUGCAGGCCUCCAUCCUGAGCGGCCACCACCAGCUGCCACCCCCAGCUGCCAGGCUUCCUUCCAAGGCACUAGGCUCAUCAGAGCCCCUCCCCUCCACUCCCCUUCCUGAGACUAAAGGGCUGCAGCCAGAGGCAGCAGUUGGGUUCUUUAAUAACAAAACAGCACCAAAAAGAAAGUGAGAGAACCCGGCUCUUCACGAUCCCAAGCCACACGAGAGCCUUUCUGAUACCCCAUAACCCUGGGCCUCGCACCCAGUGGAAAACAAACAUGGAGCACCAAAAAAUAAAAAAUAAAUAAAUAAAAAAAACCUCUGGAAACCCCUGGACAAGAUCAUCAAAGGUCAUUCAUUCCACCUCCCUAGAGGGCACUCGAAGUGGAAUGGCUAAUUGUCUCCCCAACGUGGAUCCAUUGCUCUCCUUACACAUAAGCACCCCCCAAAAACUGCAUUGGUAUAGAAGUGUGCUAGGAAGAGCUUUGUUAACCUCCCCUCAGAGGGAAUAAGGAAGCUUCCCCUUGGCAUGACUGCCAGUUAAAUACACUAGAGCUUGUCACAUCAUGGAAGAAUGACAAAUGAGACUCGGUGAUACUCCUGGUGGCUAAGGUCUCGGGUGAGAAUCAGUUGUAAAGAGCUCUCUUAAUAGCCUGCAGCCAGAUAAUAUUAUCUUCUUAUGCAUUCAAGAACUCCAAGAAAAAAAAGCUUAAUUCAAGAGUAAGCUUCGUGGAGUUCCUGUCGUGGCUCAGUGGUUAACGAACCCGACCAGAA